AUGUCGACCAAGAAGAAUCUGGACGGCGAGGACGUUCUGCCCGGCUACGUCGGCAACCUCGAGCCCGACCAGCAGAAGGCCCUGCGCGAGAUCUGGCGGCGCUUCUUCGAGCUCUACGAGAAGAACCCGGAACGCUCCGCCGAGCUCGACAAGAAGGGCGGCCCGAACUCCGUAUCCGACAAGGACUCUGCGCCGCCGCCGAAGGACGAGAAGCAGGCCGGCAAGGACAUCCCGAAGGAUGACAAGGCCAAGGAGGAGGCCAAGAAGCAGGAGGAGAUGAAGGAAAUGAACCAGUUCAUUGACACCUACGGUGGCCCGUACCUCCGCCGCGCGCUCUGGGAGUUCAUCAAGCACGAUGGCCCGGACGCCGGCAUGCUGCGCUUCCUGCGCGCCCGCAAGUGGGACGUCGACCGCGCGCUUGCCAUGCUGGCUGCCGCGCUCAAGUUCCGCUUCGAGAAGGACGUCGAGGGCAUCAUCCAGAAGGGCGAGCAGGGCCUCGAGGGUGUGCCCGGCUUCCUGAACCAGUUCCGCCGCGGUAUCUCGUACAUCAAGGGUAACAGCGAGUACCCAGGCGAGCACCCGGUGUACUUCAUCCACGUCGCCCGCCACUUCACGAACGCGCAGAAGCACGAGGUGCUCCAGCAGUUCGUGCUGCUUGCCAUGGAGAACGCGCGCCAGCUCACGACGCCGCCGUACGAGAAGGCCGUGGUCAUCUUCGACCUGGGCGGCUUCGGCCUGAAGAACAUGGACUGGCAGUGUGUGCUCUUCCUCGUCAAGUGUCUCGAGGCCUACUACCCCGAGUCGCUGCAGCGCAUCUACGUGCACUCGGCGCCGUGGAUCUUCAAGGGCAUCUGGCAGGUGCUGCAGCCCAUGCUUGACCCCGUCGUGCGCGACAAGAUCAAGUUCUCGAGCAAGGCGGCCGACCUCAAGGACUACGCCACGACGGAGAAGCUGCGCAAGGGCAUGGGCGGCACCAUGGAGUGGGACUGGGACUACACGGAGCCCGACCCGAAGGAGAACGACCUGAUGAAGGACACCAAGACGGUCGACGCCAUGAAGAAGGAGUACGACGACCUCGCCAAGGAGUUCGAGGAGACGACGCGCAAGUGGUUCGAGAAGAGCGACACCGACGACGGCGCCAAGGACCUGUCGCACCGCCGCUGGGUGCUGACCAAGCAGCUGCGCCUCAAGGCGCUGCAGAUGUCCAAGUACACGCGUGCCGUCAACGUCUACCAGCGCACCGGCAUCCUCAAGGACGACUGCAGCUUCACCUGGGAGUACCCGCAGGCGGACGGCAGCGUCAAGAAGCAGACGGUCAACGAGCGCCACAACAUCCCGGCGCUCAAGAAGUGGCUCAAGGAGCAGGGCGAGGACACGCUCGAGGACUCCGUGGCCGGCCGCCUGGGCUUCUGCGGCACCGAGGCCGACGGCGGCGAGGGCGAGUCGUCCGUCGCGGCCAAGGCCGGCGGCGAGAAGCCGAAGCGCAAGCCGACGCAGAAGUCUGACGCCGAGAAGGGCGGUGCCGCGGCUGGUGGCGCCGCUGCCGGCGGCGGUGCUCUGGGCGGCCUCAAGUCGCUCAAGAACAAGGUCGCCAAGAAGGACGAGCCUGCGCCAGAGCCGGAGCCGGAACCGGAGCCGGAGCCGCAGCAGGAGAGCGAGAGCGAGGACGAGGAGCCCGCGCAGCAGCAGACCCGCGCCCCGCAGAACGGCGGCGGCGAGGAGCCGCAGCAGCAGAGCUACACUGGCGCCGCUCUGGGCGCCAUUGGCGGCGCUGCUGCCGCAGUCACCGGCGCAGCUGGCGGCGCCGCGGCCUACAUCACCGGGCGCGGCCAGCAGCAGGAGGAGGCCGGCGACGCCAGCCAGCAGCACCGCGGCCAGCAGCAGGACGAUGACGAGGAGGAGGACGAGGACGACGAGUACCAGGAGGACGAGGGCUCGGACUUCAGCGACGACUCGAUCACGCCCGAGACGGCCAUCGCGCCCACGUACAUCCCGCGCUCGUCCCUCUCGUCGAGCGCUGUCAAGAUCGACGACAACGACUGCCGCGAGGACCUGGCGAUCGUGCGCGAGGCGAUGAACCUCUUCCUCAACUCGCGCAUGAAGGAGGCCGAGGAGCUGUGCCAGAAGGACGCCGACCACCGCCUGUACAAGGCCGUGGGCAUGAGCCUGAUCAACACGGUCAAGGCCAUCAUGACGUUCGAGCCUGCGGACCUCGAGACGGCGAUCAUGUGCUGCAAGCACUCGAUGAACAUUGCCAGCCUGCUGCGCAAGAAGGCCGGCCCGCUCGGCAAGCUCACGGGCAAGGGCAACAUGUACAAGAACAUGACGCUCGUGCAGCAGCACGCCGAGCUCGUGUUCGCCGAGUCGCAGCUGCUCAAGGCCGUGCUCGGCAUCUUCUACGCCGGCGACGGCCUGGCGUUUGUCAAGAACGCGCUCGGCCUGCGCAACUCGUACCUGCUCAUGCGCGAGCUGCUCAAGUUCGUCGAGUACUGCGACGGCGAGGCCGAGGAGGCGCAGAUCCACGGCCGCCGCGCCGCGACGUCGAUCGACCAGGACUUCCGCUCGGGCGUGUACAUGAGCAACGCCACCUGCUCGCUCAUCCUCUCGAUGCUGCCCGCCAAGGCGCUCAAGAUGAUGGAGGGCCUCGGCUUCAGCGGCGACCGCCGCCUUGCGCUCGACCUCUACGCGCGCGCCGGCGGCUGGACCAAGUCGCGCCCGCUGCCCACGAUCUCGGCCGACGAGGAGGGCGUGCGCCGCCCGCUGUGCGACAUUGGCAUCCUGCUCUACCACCUCAUCAUCAGCUCGUACAUUCCCGUCACGGACGUCGACUUCGAGUUUGCCGACAAGGUGCUCAGCUGGAACCUGGUGCGCUACCCCAACGGCAUCUUCUUCCUCUACUUCUCGGCGCGCCUCUACGCCGCGCAGGCGCUGCCCGAGAAGGCCAUCGAGUACUUCCGCAACGCCAUCGAGGCGCAGCGCGAGUACAAGCAGCUGCACCACCUCUGCUUCUGGGACCUCUCGCUCACGUACCUGGCGACGUGCGACUUUGCGCGCUGCUUCGAGUGCCAGGACGUGCUGUCGCGCGAGUCGAACUGGAGCAAGGCCAUCUACCAGUACGCCAAGGCCGUCAUGCUGUACGAGUCGGGCAUGGACGACCGCGCCAAGAGCGCCACGAUCAUGCGCACCGUCGGCAAGCUCACCAAGAAGAUUGCGGGCCGCCAGAUUCCCUUCGAGCGCUUCUGCGCCAUGAAGGCGCGCAAGUACAUUGCGAACAACAACCGCCUGCCGCUGGCGGGCAUCGAGUUCUCGUACCUGUGGCACUGCAUCGGCCAGACGCCCGUCUUCCUCCUCGUCGAGAACACGCUCAGCCGCAUCGACUCGGAGAUCGACGAGCUCGAGAGCUUCUCGGACCCGCGCGCCUACGGCUCGGGCGAGAACGAGUACUGGUCGGCCGUGUGCCUGGCGUACUUCCUGCGCGGCGUGGCGCUGCGCAACGUCGCCUUCCCCGAGCCGCACACGCUCGUGCGCCUGCCGAGCGAGGACAGCAUCGGCCCGCUCGAGGAGAUCACGCAGGACUGCAAGCAGUCGUUCGAGAAGGUCUUCGAGCACGCGUCGAAGCUCGACGAGACGGACCGCUACCUGUGCUACUUUGCGCACUACGAGCUCGGCCGCCUGCUCAGCGCCAUGGGCCGCGAGGAGGAGGCCAAGAAGGAGAUCAAGAAGGUGCUCUCCGGCAAGCCGCUCGAGGCCAAGGGCAAGGGCGCCAUCAACCCCAAGGCCUCCUACCUGCUGUCGGGCAUGUGCACCAUCCGCGCCCACGCGGCGCUCGAGACGAUGCGCAUCACGCGCAGCCGCUCGCGCGGCACGUUCUACUCGGGCUCCGAGGCCGGCACGCUCGCCUCGGGCUCGUCGAUCGGCGGCAGCCUUUCGAGCCGCAACAGCAUGAUGAGCUCGACGACAUCGCGCUCGGGUGUCUCGCGCAACACGUCCGUCUCCAGCCGCUCCGACGCCGCGCCGCCGCUCAAGGUGCGCCCGCGCUCCACGUCGGGCAACACGGGCACGAGCGACUACGGCAAGUGA